CUAGUUUCCUUUACCUUUCAUCGAUCUCUUCUCAUUCGCAGGCUUAAAUACGUAAAUUAAUCAUAUAAGAUUGUGAGGGGGCAACAUGCGCGCACAAUCUUAUUAAUCCUUCCCGCCAUCCUUAACACUUUCGUCCUCCUCCUUGCCAGCGGUACUCUCACCGCUCAUUCAGGCAUUCAGUCGAUCACCUCAUCUGCACCGUUCAGUCCACAUCAUGGCGGAGAGAUUCUUCGCCACGAAGCAGAUCGACGGCCCCGGGCCCACCCAUACCCUCACCCUCCUCUCCGGUCCUCCGUCCUGCGGAAAGACUUCUCUCCUCUUUCAAUAUGCCCUAAAUUGCGCGACAGCGAGCAAUGGGAAAGUUGUUUUUAUCUGUAACAGGAGGAGAUUGGAGAACAAUCCUCCAUUUUUGUCCCAGGGGACAGAGCCGAGCUUGGAUGCGCUUCAGAGGAUCCAAAUGAAGUACCUUGAAGAUGAUGAUGGGCUCAAGAAGUACUUCGCCUCAUUUCAUCUCCAUGACAACUUUCCUUCUGCAGUUAUUAUUGAUGAUUUCGGAGAUUUCUUCCCCGAUAGAAACUGUCAAGAUAAAUACGGUAAUGCAAGGGGUAGGGACCUUGCCAUGGUUCGCAGUCUUGCUUUGUGUCGAGAUGCCAUAACACAUGCAAAUGAAAAGCUGCAAUCCAGGGAUUAUUGUAGUGAAAGCUGCAUUCUUGCUGAGAUUUUACAUUAUCCUUCAGCUAAUUUUUUUCCCCUUUGCUCCUCCUUUAGUGAAAAGCUGCAAUCGGUGGAAUAUUGUAAACUUGUCAUUGCUGAUACACAUCAAGGAGACAGCCCAAGAUUGUUGUUCAUAUAUAAGAGAUGGAUUCAGUGCAUAUUUACAAUACAAGAACUUAACAAUUCAAGAUCUUUUCUUUUGAGAACUGUAACUACUUCAGGUGGCAGAGCAGAAAGGAUGAGAACUGCUAAAUACUCUAUUGCUCUUCAAUAUCUGGUGCUGGAAGAGAUGUCUGAAGACUGAAGGGGAAAAUCAUAAUCCAUAGAUAUUGACAGAAAACUGUCACAGCUUGAGUAGUGAUAGCUAGAUAGACUACCCCCACCAAACUACUUCUACACUAUAUGAGAGUGAAAAAUGUGGGGUCUUUUUUAACUUUUAUCAAAACUAAUGACUCAUCUAUACUUCUCUCUUGUAGCAUGGGAGUAGUUUUGUACAAUCUAGUUAGUAUUAUUCUUAGAAUUUAACUACAGUCUCGGUUCCUUCAAUUGUAGUAGGAUUAAAUCUUUCUAUCAUGUAACAUACUGGAGAUUUUAAUGUUUUCUUGCA